UCUCUCACUCACUCACUCACUCACUGACUCAUUUCUACACCUCCAGUGAGAGUGAAAGGUGAAGCUUCGUAGCAGUCUUACAAAACAAGAAGCUAAGCUCUCUUAGUUUCCAUUAAUGGCGGGAUUCUUGAGCUUUACGGGAAGAAGAUCUAUAGCCUUGAAGACUCUUCUCUUGAGGAACAAUUUCUCCACCCAAACUGUUGGCGAGCCGUCAUUCUGGCAGCGAAUUAGGGAUCUGCCCAAGGAUUUACCUGGAAUCAAUGUCAAGAAGGAUGUUUCUCGGGUUAUUGGGAAGACUCCCCUUGUCUAUCUGAACAAAGUGACUGAAGGUUGUGGAGCUUAUGUAGCAGUCAAGCAAGAAAUGUUUCAACCCACUUCUAGCAUCAAGGACAGACCUGCCCUCUCCAUGUUUGAAGAUGCAGAAAAGAAAGGACUGAUAAGCCCUGAAAAGACGGUGUUGAUUGAGCCAACAUCAGGGAAUAUGGGAAUAAGUAUGGCAUUUAUGGCAGCUCUGAAGCGGUACAAGAUGAUUCUCACCAUGCCUUCUUACACAAGCCUCGAGAGGAGGGUGACUAUGAAAGCAUUUGGAGCAGAACUAGUUAUCACUGAUCCUACAAAAGGCAUGGGAGGAACAAUCAAAAAGGCUUAUGAUCUUUUGGAGUCAACCCCAAAUGCUUUCAUGCUGCAACAAUUUGAAAAUCCUGCAAAUACUAAGAGUCAUUAUGAGACUACUGGACCUGAGAUAUGGGAAGACACUCUAGGCCAAGUGGACAUCUUUGUUAUGGGAAUAGGAAGUGGAGGUACUGUCUCUGGAGUUGGACAAUAUCUAAAAUCCAAAAAUCCUAAUGUCAAGAUAUAUGGACUUGAACCUGCAGAGAGCAACGUACUAAAUGGCGGUAAGCCAGGUCCUCAUGAUAUAACUGGUAAUGGGGUUGGCUUUAAACCAAAGAUAUUGGACAUGGAUGUAAUGGAUGCUGUUCUUGAGGUCUCCAGUGAAGAUGCAGUGAAGAUGGCAAGAGAGUUGGCUGUUAAGGAGGGGCUCAUGUCUUAUAUCAAUCUUUUGAAGGUGGGAAUUUCCUCUGGAGCAAAUACGGUUGCAGCAUUAAGGCUUGCAAAGAUGCCGGUGAACAGAGGGAAACUUAUUGUGACUGUACAUGCAAGCUUCGGAGAGAGGUAUUUGUCAUCUGUACUCUUCCAAGAACUGAGGCAAGAGGCUGAGAAUAUGCAACCAGUUUCAGUGGAUUAAUAUUACCAAUUCUUGUAAUUGCUAGAGAGCUCUCACUUGUAAAUGUGUUGUAUCCAUUUCUAGCAAGGAGUGUAUGUGACGAUGGUCUGGUUAUCAAUUGUUACAUUUAUGCGGUUGCUAGACAGCUCUCACUUGUAAAUGCGCGUUGCGUUAUCA